AACAAACAUUUAUAAUUUCUGUAGGCAAUCAGAAAAUGAACAAUUCAACGUGUUUCAACACCACAACUUGAUGUUGUACACAUUGAAACAAAUAGUUUAUUGACAAUUGAACAAAAGGAAUAUUAUGUAUUGAUACUUUGAGGUAAAAACACAAACAAUUGAUUCAAUCUAUUCGUAAUUUCAAGUGGAUCGGUGUAAUCUUUUAUUUUUAAUUAUAUAAGUGGAUUAUUAUUAUUACAGAAAUUUUUAUUUGAAAUUCCAUUUGAAAAUGAAAGCAGACUAAUAUCGUCGAUUAAAACAAUCAAACAAUGUAUUUAAAUAAUAAAUUUUUACAAUUUUUCAUUAUUAUUCAUCUUGUAAAUUUUAUUCAUGGACAAAAUCAGUUACAUACAUCACGUCCUCGACGUGUAUUACCCGCGGAUUCGUAUACAAUAUUAGGACAAGCUGGUUUUCGACGUCUUGGCCAAUGUAACAUCACUUAUGCAUGGUUAACCUCACCGCCAACAUCAAGUUUAGACGCGUAUGGACAUGCUUCGGCUUGUACAAGAUUACAAUUGCUGGAUGGACAAAUUAUACCCACAUCAUCUUAUGAUCAGAAUGUAAUCACUGGCAAUGAACAGAAUGAUGUGAAUCAAGCUGAACAAGCAUUAAAUCAUGUCAAUAAAGAAUGGUCAGCUAGUUUAAUUGAUUUGGAACGUUUAGAUUUAUUGAUUCGUGCUGAAGUGAUCGGUUUGAGUCAGACAAAACAAUUAGCCAAUGAUGCAAGAUAUUUUUUUCUAGCUGAUCGUGUUGGUGAUUUAAAUUUAAUGGCUGUUCUACGUCCAGAUAAACAAUUGAAACUUGAAUUAAUCAAUCCAUUAGCAACGGAACAUUUAGUAUUGACACCACAACAUGUCCUAUGCUUGCGUAAACAAUGUCCUACCGCCACAAAUGAUGCAUCCAGUAUGAAUCAACUUAAACAACAAGAAAAUACAAGUCUACUCAAUGGCAUAUCAUCGACAUCGUUGGCGUUAACUAAAGCUGAACGACACAACCGUGAAUUAUAUAUGCAGCUGAUUAUAUCACGUGUUGCAUGUGCAUUGAUUGGUUUUAUGUGUGUUGUCUUCGCCAUGACUUCACUUACCCUGUGUAUACGUCUUCGACAGCAUCCACUUUAUUCUAGUAGAAAACAUCGUGACAAAACAUCUCAAGGUAGUAUUUGUAAAGAAACACACACGAUACCGACAACAUUUUGUCAAAUGAAUGGUAAAUUAAAUAUAAAUCCAAUAUCAUAUAUGACGGAUCAAUCACCCAGGCAUCAUUAUGGUAUAGCACAGAUACCAAGUGAAACAACUAGUCUAAAUAAUAUUCUAAUGACAACUAGUAAUCUCCCCACAUAUGAUCCACAUAUGACCCUGCAAAAUAUGCCAAUUACUUAUUCGUCGUUAAGUGGUGGAACACAAUAUAGUCAGCUGUCAAAUUAUCCAAUGACAUCCGGUGCAAUUACCUCAGCGUAUACGGAUACAUCUGGUGGUUUGAUAACCAUAUACCCUUUACCAUCGCAUGGAUCAAUUCAUUCAACACAACAUGGUUUAUUGGUACAAUGUCAACAAAAUGGUCAAAUUAGUCCAGCGCCAUCGAAUGAUUCCGAUGGGAAAAAUGAUCUUUUACGUAAUUGGGGUUCAUUAGGUCGACAUACACGGCAUAGUAUGUGUUAUGGGGAUAGUAAUAAUAAUAAUAAUAAUAAUCAUAAUAAUAACAGUAUUAAGAGUAAUAAUAGUACACAUAAGAAAUUAUUAUAUCCAAUUAGGAAAUUAUCACAUCAAAAUUCAUCACCAAUGAUAAAACAACCUAUGGAACUUUCAACACCAUUGUCAAAUAAUCGUCCAAUUCCUUUAGCUCAACAACAACAACAACAACAGCAUCAAUUGCUUCCGUCUGUUAACAAACUUCAACAUAACAAUUCAUUUGGUAAACCAGAAGAUUUAAUCUCUUUUCAAUAUGUACAACCACAACCACAGCAACAACAACAACGUUAUCCCCUUCCUCCUGCACCUUCAACAGACAUGAAAACUAAUAUUCCUGCUAUAGACGACACUGAAGAAUUGAAUGCUGACAUGUUAAAAGUAACCAGUUUUAAUCAUGUCAAUGAACCACCAUCUCUUACUGUAAUACGUAAACCAGCUCAUGUGAAUUAGGAAUAAGAAAAAUAUUUUUUAAAUUUGUGCAUAAAAUUUUUGCAGUGCCUUUCAAAAUAAACCAAAAGAAAUAGAAACAUGUAAAUUUCCAAAAACAAUAAAAAAUAAAAAGAUUUAUUAAUUUAAAAAAAUGAUAUGUAUCAUUGAACAUUGAUGAAUGUUGCGCGCGUUAUUCAAUUUCUUAUUGAACGCAUACAUUGAUACCCCUUUGAUAAUAUACAUACAAUACGCGAUAUCUUCUAAAUCAAUAAAUAUUUGUAAAUUCUACACAGACAGCCUUACAAAGUGGAAUAUAUAUAUAUAUAUAUAUAUAUAUAUAUAUAUAUAUAUAUAUACCAAAAAUAAUAUGGUAAGUAAGCCAUAAUUAUUAAUAUAUAUAGACAUUUAUUUAUAUAAAUAUCACUGUGUAUCUAUGUAAUUAUUUGUCUAUGAACUAUGGUGAUUUAAACAACAAAAAUGAAAACACUAUCUUAAUUGAACAUUGUACAUCAUAUUAGACCGGUUGUUUUUGUUUUAUUCUUUUCAAUUAAUGAAUGAAUGAUCUUUCAAAUAUUGCAUUUUUUUUCUGGCUUACUUUUUUUGUUUUGUGUGUUUCUCUGAAAAAAAAACAAUUAUUUAUACCUUUUCUCUCUCUCUCUAUCUAUAAAAAUAAUAAAAACUGGUUUAUGUUUUCCUUUCUGUUCAACAUUUCAAGUGAUAUUUAACAAGUUAAAACAAAAAUAAAUAUAUAUAUAUUACUCACUUUUGAAAUUCAUUUUCACUCUUUCACAGAUGAUCCUCCUUUGUUUUUUUGUAAACUGUCAUCAUGAUUUUUCUUUUCUGUUGAAGAAAUUUUUAUUUCAUCCUUGUAAACAAACACCAGUCAUCUUUGAUGAUGUAAUAUGAAGAAUAAAAUCA